UUCGUACUUAAUCGAGCCGAGUGGGAAACUCUUGUGGGCCAGAUCAGCACGAUGGGCUGCGGCACAUGUGGAGCCCUGGCAGCGGCCGCAGUGAUGGCAUCGGCGAUGGGUCUGGUGUGGCUAAUAUUUGGAUUGGUGUAUGGAUCCUUUCGGUCCAUCUCGCCAUCGGUAACCAUACCGGUCCAAGGACGUAAGAUCAAAGUAACAUUCCUCCAUCCAGACUUCGGCAUUGGCGGGGCAGAAAACCUCAUCGUGAACUGUGCCGUGGCGUUGCAGCGAAAAGGUUACGAUGUGCAUAUCUGCACUUCGCACCAUGACCGGGGCCAUUGCUUUCGUGAAACACGUGGCGACGGCCCCCUCGCCAAGUGCAUCGUGGUGUAUGGAGACUACCUUCCGCGCACAGUGUUUGGCCGCCUCUACGCGUUCUGCGCAUUCCUGCGCAUGGUGUACAUCACGCUCCGCUUGUUCCUGGCUCAAUGGGAGACGGACGUGUUCUUCCUCGACCAAGUGUCGUUACCGAUUCCUCUCCUGCGCGCCUACUUCAAUCGUCCCGUGUACUUUUAUGGACAUUAUCCCGACAAACUUCUGUGCACGGAUCGCAGCUCGAUGCUCAAGCGACUCUACCGCAUGCCGCUAGACGCGUUGGAGGAAGCCACCACCCGUGCUGCGGACACCAUGGUCGUGAACAGCAAGUACACGGCGUCUGUGUUUGCAGGGGCGUUUCCUUCGCUGGAUGCGCGGCAUUUGAGCAUCCUGUAUCCCCCCGUGGACAUCUCGACGUUUGCUCGCCCCGCGUCGAUCCCGACCACUGACAAGAAGGACCUUCAUCGCGCGCUCCAGUUCCCCGCGCUCUUUGUCUCCCUCAAUCGCUUUGAACGCAAGAAGAAUAUCGCUCUUGCCGUGGAAGCGCUUGCGUGGCUAGAGUCGCAGGUGUCGGCCGCUGUGUUUGCCACCGUCCAUCUUGUCCUAGCCGGCGGGUACGACCCUUUGAACGCAGAAAAUGUCGCGCACUACGACGAAUUGGCUGAGCUCGUCGCGACCAAGAAACUCACGGAUAAAGUCACGUUCCUGCGGUCGAUUUCCGACUCGACAAAGCAUGCGUUGCUAUUGACAGCCCGUGCAAUCUUAUACACGCCGUCUUUUGAGCACUUUGGCAUUGUGCCCGUGGAAGCCAUGGCAUCGGGAACGCCUGUCGUCGCAGUCAACACGGGCGGGCCACUCGAGUCUGUCGCCCACGACGUCACGGGGUUCCUCUGUGACCAAGAGCCCGUCGCGUUUGGCCACGCCAUGCAAGUGCUCGCCACGGACGCUGCCAAGGCAAAGGCAAUGGGCGAAGCAGGCGUGCGCCGCGCGAUGGACCUCUUUUCCAUCGAUGUGUUUGCCUCCACCUUGGACCAACACAUGCAGCGCCUUGUGACGCCAUCGUCGCCUCACUCCGAUUAGAUGAGCAGACCCAUGGCACGAUCGCGUCAUUGAAUACUACAUUGACACGUGAGACACCCUCGCUGAUCGUCGGCCCUCCUCGACGUCUGUCGCGCUUCAUCUUCUCGACAUUGCGCGACGUACUUUUGGAGCAGCGGCGCUUGUUCGUAAUAGUGCUUUGACUCAAAC